CCCUGACAACCGUAACGUCAAAACCUCCCUGUCCACAGGUUACUUUCACUUUGUGAGCUCGUCCUGUCGCAGCUUCUUCUUCUGUCCAUGUGAAGUGUUUCCUCUACAGAUGAAGGUAGAAAGUCUCUGGGAGCUGAUGUGGAUGUGAAUUCAGCAGCAGCUGCCAAGCAGGUUGCUGUGUCUGUGUGAAGGUGUGGGCUCUGCUAUGAAUCAGUGUGAGGACAGAGAGGAGGGAGUCCCUCCCUCUAAAAGCACUCUGUGUGGGGAACAUGACACAAGGACCAAAGCUCAGAGGAUCCAUCAGAGACCAGACUGUCCUGAACCUGAACCCAGCUGUGUGUCCAUGAAGAGUGAUCACUCUAUGGAUCAUCCUAUAGAGUUCAAAGAUGGCCGCCACUCUGUUGAUCAAAGGAGGAAAAAACCUGAACCCAGCUGUGUGUCCAUGAAAAGUGAUGACUCUAUGGAUCGUUAUAUAGAGUUCAAAGAUGGCCGCCACUCUAUUGAUCAAAGAGUGGACCAGGAGAGCUCAGAGGUUCCCAGUGGUCAUUCUGCCCAGCAGCAUCAAACACACCUGGACUCCAUAUUUAUGCUGCUGGAGGACAACAUUGUCACUUUUGUGAAGAACGAGCUGAAGAAGAUCCAGCAGGUUCUGAGUUCAGAUUACCCAGAAUGCUUGGAGAUUCAGAGGGAGGAUGAGGUGGUGUUGGACGGUGAGGAUGAGGAGCAGAGGAAGAGCAGCAGAGAGGCAUUUCUGAAGAUCACAGUGCUCUUCCUGAGGAGAAUGAAGCAGGAGGAGCUGGCUGACUGUCUGCAGAGCAAACAUCUUGUUGGAGUUUGUCAGCGUGGACUUAAAUCUAACCUGAAGAAGAAGUUCCAGUGUGUGUUUGAGGGGAUUGCUAAAGAAGGAAACCAAACCCUUCUGAACCAGAUCUACACAGAGCUCUACAUCACAGAGGGAGGGACUGCAGAGGUCAAUGAUGAACAUGAGGUCAGACAGAUUGAAACAGCAUCCAGGAAACCAGACAGACCAGAAACAACAAUCAGACAAGAAGACCUCUUUAAACCCUCACCUGGAAGAGAUGAACCAAUCAGAACAGUGAUGACAAAGGGAGUGGCUGGCAUUGGGAAAACAGUCUUAACACAGAAGUUCACUUUGGACUGGGCUGAAGACAAAGCCAACCAGGACAUAGAGUUCACAUUUCCAUUCACUUUCAGAGAGCUGAAUGUGCUGAAAGAGAAAAGGUUCAGCUUGGUGGAACUUGUUCAUCACUUCUUUAGUGAAACCAAAGAAGCAGGAAUCUGCAGGUUUGAAGAGUUCCAGGUUGUGUUCAUCUUUGACGGUCUGGAUGAGUAUCGACUUCCUCUGGACUUCAACAACACUGAGAUCCUGACUGAUGUUACAGAGUCCACCUCAGUGGAUGUGCUGCUGACAAACCUCAUCAGGGGGAAACUGCUUCCCUCUGCUCGCCUCUGGAUAACCACACGACCUGCAGCAGCCAAUCAGAUCCCUCCUGAGUGUGUUGACAUGGUGACAGAGGUCAGAGGGUUCACUGACCCACAGAAGGAGGAGUACUUCAGGAAGAGGUUCACAGAUGAGGAGCAGGCCAACAGAAUCAUCUCCCACAUCAAGACCUCACGAAGCCUUCACAUCAUGUGCCACAUCCCAGUCUUCUGCUGGAUCACUGCUACAGUUCUGGAGAAAGUGUUGAAGACCAGAAAGAGAGGAGAGCUGCCCAAGACCCUGACUGAGAUGUUCAUCCACUUCCUGGUGGUUCAGUGCAAACUGAAGAACGUCAAGUAUGAUGGAGGAGCAGAGACAGAUCCACACUGGAGUCCAGAGAGCAAGAAGAUGAUUAAAUCUCUCGGGAAACUGGCUUUUAAGGAGCUGCAGAAAGGCAACCUGAUCUUCUAUGAAUCAGACCUGACAGAGUGUGGCAUCGAUAUCAGAGCAGCCUCAGUGUACUCAGGAGUGUUCACACAGAUCUUUAAAGAGGAGAGUGGACUGUACCAGGACAAGGUCUUCUGCUUCGUCCAUCUGAGUGUUCAGGAGUUUCUGGCUGCUCUUCAUGUCCAUCUGACAUUCAUCAGCUCUGGAGUCAAUCUGCUGGCAGAACAACAAACAUUCUUCAUUUCUUUAUUAUUUAAAGACAAACAGAAUCUCAAACAUCUCCACCAGAGUGCUCUGGACAAGGCUUUACAGAGUCCAAAUGGACACCUGGACUUGUUCCUCCGCUUCCUCCUGGGUCUUUCACUGGAGACCAAUCAGAAUCUCCUGCGAGGCCUGCUGACACAGACAGGAAGUAGCUCUCAGACCAAUCAGGAAACAGUAAAGUACAUCAAGAAGAAGUUGGAGGAAGAUCUCUCUGCAGAGAGAAGCAUCAAUCUGUUCCACUGUCUGAAUGAACUGAAUGAUCAUUCUCUAGUGGAGGAGAUCCAACACUACCUGAGUUCAGGACGUCUCUCCACAGAUAAACUGUCUCCUGCUCAGUGGUCAGCUCUGGUCUUCAUCUUACUGUCAUCAGGAAAAGAUCUGGACGUGUUUGACCUGAAGAAAUAUUCUGGUUCAGAGGAGGCUCUUCUGAGGCUGCUGCCAGUGGUCAAAGCCUCCAACAAAGCUCUACUGAUUGACUGUAACCUCUCAGAGAGAAGCUGUGAUGCUCUGUCUUCAGUUCUCAGCUCCCAGUCCUCUAGUCUGAGAGAGCUGGACCUGAGUAACAACGACCUGCAGGACUCAGGAAUAAAGCUGGUGUCUGCUGGAUUGACGAGUCCACACUGUAAACUGGAAACUCUUAGAUUGUGGAGCUGCAGGUUGUCAGAGAUCAGCUGUGAUUAUCUGCUCUCAGCUCUGAAGUCCAACCCCUCCCAUCUGAGAGAGCUGGAGCUGAGUCACAACUACAAGCUGCAGGAUUCAGGAGUGAAGCUGCUGUGUGGUUUUCUGGAGAGUCCACACUGUAGACUGGAGACUCUGAGAUUGAGGGGCUGCAGGUUGUCAGAGAUCAGCUGUGAUUAUCUGAUCUCAGCUCUGAAGUCCAACCCCUCCCAUCUGAGAGAUCUGGACCUGAGUAACAACAAUCUGCAGGAUUCAGGAGUGAAGCUGCUGUCUGAUCUUGUGAAGAGUCCACACUGUAGACUGGAGACUCUGAGAUUGAUUUACUGCAAUUUGUCAGAGAUCAGCUGUUAUUAUCUGGUCUCAGCUCUGAAGUCCAACCCCUCCCAUCUGAGAGAGCUGGACCUGAGUAACAACAAUCUGCAGGAUUCAGGAGUGAAGCUGCUGUGUGGUUUUCUGGAGAGUCCACACUGUAGACUGGAGACUCUGAGAUUGUGGGGCUGCAGGUUGUCAGAGAUCAGCUGUGAUUAUCUGGUCUCAGCUCUGAAGUCCAACCCCUCCCAUCUGAGAGAGCUGAACCUGAGUAACAACAAGCUGCAGGAUUCAGGAGUGAAGCUGCUGUGUGGUUUUCUGGAGAGUCCACACUGUAGACUGGAGACUCUGAGAUUGAGUCACUGCAGUUUGUCAGAGAUCAGCUGUGAUUAUCUGGUCUCAGCUCUGAAGUCCAACCCCUCCCAUCUGAGAGAGCUGGAGCUGAGUAACAACAAGCUGCAGGAUUCAGGAGUGAAGCUGCUGUGUGGUUUUCUGGAGAGUCCACACUGUAGACUGGAGACUCUGAGAUUGAGGAACUGCAGGUUGUCAGAGAUCAGCUGUGAUUAUCUGGUCUCAGCUCUGAAGUCCAACCCCUCCCAUCUGAGAGAGCUGGAGCUGAGAGACAACAAGCUGCAGGAUUCAGGAGUGAAGCUGCUGUCUGAUCUUGUGAAGAGUCCACACUGUAGACUGGAGACUCUGAGAUUGUGGAGCUGCAGUUUGUCAAAGAUCAGCUGUGAUUAUCUGGUCUCAGCUCUGAAGUCCAACCCCUCCCAUCUGAGAGAGCUGGACCUGAGUUACAACAAGCUGCAGGAUUCAGGAGUGAAGCUGCUGUGUGGUUUUCUGGAGAGUCCACACUGUAGACUGGAGACUCUGAGAUUGAUCAACUGCAGUUUGUCAGAGAUCAGCUGUGAUUAUCUGGUCUCAGCUCUGAAGUCCAACCCCUCCCAUCUGAGAGAGCUGGACCUGACUAACAACAAUCUGCAGGAUUCAGGAGUGAAGCUGCUGUGUGGUUUUCUGGAGAGUCCACACUGUAGACUGGAGACUCUGAGUUUGUGGGGCUGCAGUUUGUCAGAGAUCAGCUGUGAUUAUCUGGUCUCAGCUCUGAAGUCCAACCCCUCCCAUCUGAGAGAGCUGGAGCUGAGUAACAACAACCUGCAGGAUUCAGGAGUGAAGCUGCUGUCUGAUCUUGUGGAGAGUCCACACUGUAGACUGGAGACUCUGAGAUUGUGGAGCUGCAGUUUGUCAGAGAUCAGCUGUGAUUAUCUGGUCUCAGCUCUGAAGUCCAACCCCUCCCAUCUGAGAGAGCUGGACCUGAGUUACAACUACAAUCGGCAGGAUUCAGGAGUGAAGCUGCUGUGUGGUUUUCUGGAGAGUCCACACUGUAGACUGGAGACUCUGAGAUUGAGGGGCUGCAGGUUGUCAGAGAUCAGCUGUGAUUAUCUGGUCUCAGCUCUGAAGUCCAACCCCUCCCAUCUGAGAGAGCUGGACCUGAGUGACAACAAGCUGCAGGAUUCAGGAGUGAAGCUGCUGUGUGGUUUUCUGGAGAGUCCACACUGUAGACUGGAGACUCUGAGAUUGUGGGACUGCAGGUUGUCAGAGAUCAGCUGUGAUUAUCUGGGCUCAGCUCUGAAGUCCAACCCCUCCCAUCUGAGAGACCUGAACCUGAGUAACAACAAGCUGCAGGAUUCAGGAGUGAAGCUGCUGUGUGGUUUUCUGGAGAGUCCACACUGUAGACUGGAGACUCUGAGAUUGAGGGCCUGCAGUUUGUCAGAGAUCAGCUGUGAUUAUCUGGUCUCAGCUCUGAAGUCCAACCCCUCCCAUCUGAGAGAGCUGGACCUGAGUCAGAACAAGCUGCAGGAUUCAGGAGUGAAGCUGCUGUGUGAUCUUGUGGAGAGUCCACACUGUAGACUGGAGACUCUGAGAUUGAGGAGCUGCAGUUUGUCAGAGAUCAGCUGUGAUUAUCUGGUCUCAGCUCUGAAGUCCAACCCCUCCCAUCUGAGAGAGCUGGACCUGAGUGACAACAAGCUGCAGGAUUCAGGAGUGAAGCUGCUGUGUGGUUUUCUGGAGAGUCCACACUGUAGACUGGAGACUCUGAGAUUGUGGGACUGCAGGUUGUCAGAGAUCAGCUGUGAUUAUCUGGUCUCAGCUCUGAAGUCCAACCCCUCCCAUCUGAGAGUGCUGGAGCUGAGUCAGAACAAGCUGCAGGAUUCAGGAGUGAAGCUGCUGUCUGAUCUUGUGGAGAGUCCACACUGUAGACUGGAGACUCUGAGAUUGUGGGACUGCAGGUUGUCAGAGAUCAGCUGUGAUUAUCUGGUCUCAGCUCUGAAGUCCAACCCCUCCCAUCUGAGAGAGCUGGACCUGGGUAACAACAAGCUGCAGGAUUCAGGAGUGGAGCUGCUGUGUGGUUUUCUGGAGAGUCCACACUGUAGACUGGAGACUCUGAGAUUGUGGGACUGCAGGUUGUCAAAGAUCAGCUGUGAUUAUCUGGUCUCAGCUCUGAAGUCCAACCCCUCCCAUCUGAGAGAGCUGGACCUGAGUUACAACUACCUGCAGGAUUCAGGAGUGAAGCUGCUGUGUGGUUUUCUGGAGAGUCCACACUGUAGACUGGAGACUCUGAGAUUGAGUCACUGCAGUUUGUCAGAGAUCAGCUGUGAUUAUCUGGUCUCAGCUCUGAAGUCCAACCCCUCCCAUCUGAGAGAGCUGGACCUGAGUGUCAACAACCUGCUGGAUUCAGGAGUGAAGCUGCUGUGUGGUUUUCUGGAGAGUCCACACUGUAGACUGGAGACUCUGAGAUUGAGGAGCUGCAGUUUGUCAGAGAUCAGCUGUGAUUAUCUGGUCUCAGCUCUGAAGUCCAACCCCUCCCAUCUGAGAGAGCUGAGCCUGAGUAACAACAAGCUGCAGGAUUCAGGAGUGAAGCUGCUGUGUGGUUUUCUGGAGAGUCCACACUGUAGACUGGAGACUCUGAGAUUGAGGGGCUGCAGUUUGUCAGAGAUCAGCUGUGAUUAUCUGGUCUCAGCUCUGAAGUCCAACCCCUCCCAUCUGAGAGAGCUGGACCUGAGUUGGAACAACCUGCAGGAUUCAGGAGUGAAGCUGUUGUGUGGUUUUCUGGAGAGUCCACACUGUAGACUGGAGACUCUGAGAUUGUGGAACUGCUGGUUGUCAGAGAUCAGCUGUGAUUAUCUGGUCUCAGCUCUGAAGUCCAACCCCUCCCAUCUGAGAGAGCUGGACCUGAGUAACAACAACCUCCAGGAUUCAGGAGUGAAGCUGCUGUGUGGUUUUCUGGAGAGUCCACACUGUAGACUGGAGACUCUGAGAUUGAGUUGCUGCAGUUUGUCAGAAAUCAGCUGUGAUUAUCUGGGCUCAGCUCUGAAGUCCAACCCCUCCCAUCUGAGAGAGCUGAACCUGAGUCUCAAUAAGCUGAAGGAUUCAGGAGUGAAGCUGCUGUGUGGUUUUCUGGAGAGUCCACACUGUAGACUGGAGACUCUGAGAUUGAGGUACUGCAGUUUGUCAGAGAUCAGCUGUUCUUCUCUGGUCUCAGCUCUGAAGUCCAACCCCUCCCAUCUGAGAGAGCUGGACCCGAGUGACAACAAGCUGCAGGAUUCAGGAGUGAAGCUGCUGUGUGGUUUUCUGGAGAGUCCACACUGUAGACUAGAGACUCUGAGUUUGUGGCGCUGCAGUUUGACAGAGAUCAGCUGUGAUUAUCUGGUCAAAGCUCUGAAGUCCAACCCCUCCCAUCUGAGAGAGCUGGACCUGGGUUACAACAACCUGAAGGAUUCAGGAGUGAAGCUGCUGUGUGGUUUUCUGGAGAGUCCACACUGUAGACUGGAGACUCUGAGAUUGAUCAACUGCAGUUUGUCAGAGAUCAGCUGUGAUUAUCUGGUCUCAGCUCUGAAGUCCAACCCCUCCCAUCUGAGAGAGCUGGACCUGAGUUACAACAACCUGCAGGAUUCAGGAGUGAAGCUGCUGUGUGGUUUUCUGGAGAGUCCACACUGUAGACUGGAGACUCUGAGAUUGAGUCACUGCAGUUUGUCAGAGAUCAGCUGUGAUUAUCUGGUCUCAGCUCUGAAGUCCAACCCCUCCCAUCUGAGAGAGCUGAACCUGAGUAUCAACAAUCUGCAGGAUUCAGGAGUGAAGCUGCUGUGUGGUUUUCUGGAGAGUCCACACUGUAGACUGGAGACUCUGAGAUUGAGGCACUGCAGGUUGUCAGAGAUCAGCUGUGAUUAUCUGGUCUCAGCUCUGAAGUCCAACCCCUCCCAUCUGAGAGAGCUGGACCUGAGUGACAACAAUCUGCAGGAUUCAGGAGUGAAGCUGCUGUCUGAUCUUGUGGAGAGUCCACACUGUAGACUGGAGACUCUGAGAUGGAAGUGAUCUCAGUCAGAGUGUGAGUGGUGAGGAAGGAGGUUGUGUUGGAGGAUCAGCUGUGUCCUGAUGAUCCAGAGAGGUUGAAGCAGCAGCAUCAGCUCUGACUGGGCCAUGUUACUGGGAGGUAGAGUGGAGAGGAGAGCUUCAUCCAGCAGUGACUGACAGAGGAAUCACAACCAGUGGAGAUGACUCUCAGUGCUGCAGUCUGAACUGCUCUGAGAUCAGCUCCACUGUCAGACACAAUGUCAAGUCCACCAUCAUCCCUGUGUGUUCCUCUGGAUGUGACAGAGUAUCAUCAGUGUAUCUGGACUGCUCUGCUGCUGCUCUGUCCUUCUACACAGUCUCUGCAGACACACUGAGACUCCUCCACUCCUUCUGCUCCACACUCAACCACCUCCUCCACCUGGAACCUCCACCUGGAUUUUAUUCUUUCAUUCAUUCACAUAUUCUGAACCCAAACUGCCUCUACACAUUCAUUCUGUUUAUGACAACAGAACUGUAGAUGAACACUUACUUAAACACAUUUCUUUAAACAGAGUUGCAGUUAAUGUUAAUUAUAUUUCUAAUUCAUUUAGUUGAAACUUUAAAAUCAGCCUGCAUACAUAAAGUUACCUCUCUGGAGUUCUGGUUAUUACCAGAUACAGAUUUAUUGUAACACACAGAAAUAAGAAUAUUAAACAUGUAGAAAGUUUGGAUUUAAGUUAACAGGAUUAUCAUUAUUAGUAAAAGAUUAUAUACAGUUACUUUUUAAAACACUGCAAAGUCUGGAGAUAAUUAUCUGUGGGUUUGUCUUUGGAAACAACCUCCCUUUGUUUCACGUCGUCAUUUGAUCCAUUGUUAAUAUGAAAAUAUUGAUUCAAGUCUUUUUUAGUUCCUGAAAUAUCUCUGAAUUUUGGUGGGAAAUCAGUGCCGUCUCAAACGUCAGACACACACUGAACUCACAACAUUUUAAUAACUUGAUGUAUAAUAUUGUUACAGUUUUGACAUGAUAUAAACAUAAUAACUAUUAACUUUAGGGUCAUUAUCAGUGAAUAUAUAGAUGUUCCUUUUUUAAAAAUAUAUAUUGUAUUGACAGUUGUGUUAUUGCAACAAAAACAGAUCCUGAUAUUCAAAUCUAAUUUUGUAUUGUCUGUAUUCUUGUUUUUUUAUCCAAAUUGUCUGUAAAAAUAUUGAAUAAAAAAUAGAAAAACUAUUAAAAUGCAAUGUAAAGAGA